AGAGCUGAGACGCCAUUACAGGGUGCUGGAUCUCCAGGAGGAUUUUACUGUAAUUUCAAAGGGACAGAGGUUUGGUGAGUCUUGUUUUUAAAGGAUACCUCACAUAUCAGAGAAAAUGGCUGAGAAGAAGAUUGAACUUGUUGAACGUUUCCUGAGUUGUCAUGUGUGUUCAGAGACGUUCAGAGACCCUGUGUCUCUGAGCUGUAACCACAGCUUCUGUUCAAACUGCCUGAAGGAAUUCUGGGAGAAAACUGAGAACAAAAACUGUCCCAUUUGUAAAAGAAAAUCUUCAAAAGAAGAUCCAGGUGUGAACUUCAGUCUGAAAGAACUGGCUGAUUCAUUUUCUGGGAGACUGAAAGUUGGAUCAUCUGAGACAGAAAGAAGAGAAAAGAAGGUGGAGGUGGUCUGCACAAAACAUCAAGAAGAACUUAAACUGUUCUGUAAAGAUGAAAAGAGACCUGUGUGCUCUAGCUGUGAUUUUCCUCAUGAUCGUGAACACACUGUGGUUCCUGUAGGAAAAGCAGUUACUGAAAUGAAGGAUCAGCUGAAAUCUGACUUAGAGUCUCUAAACAACAAGAAGAAGAAAUACAAGCAAACACAGAAAACAUACGAUGCAAUAAUCCAACACUUAGAGAAACAGGUUUUGUUCACAGAGAAUCAGAUCAGAGCAGAGUUCAACAAACUCCAGCAGUUCCUGAAAGAGGAAGAGGAGUCCAGACUGGCAGCUCUGAGGGAGGAAGAGGAGCAGAAGAGGAGGAGUGUGAUCAGAGAGAUGAAGAGGAUUGAGGAGCAGAUGUCCUCUGUGUCAGACAGUAUCUGUGCUGUUGAAGAAGAGCUGCAGAAAGCCAGCGCUCCAUUCCUCAUCAGUUGUAAAGACACUCAGAGCAGAGCCAGAGCCCAGUGCUCAGUGUCAGAGCCACAGCUGAUCUCAGGAGCACUGAUCCAUGUGGACAAACACCUGGGCAACCUGUCCUUCAGAGUCUGGGACAAGAUGAGGGACAAGGUCCACUUCAGCCCCGUCAUCCUGGACCCAAACACUGCAAACGGAUGGCUUCAUCUGUCUGAUGAUCUGACCAGUGUGAGAAAUGGAGACACUUAUCAGCAUCUUCCUGAUAAUCCAGAGAGAUUCACUGAAUAUUUUGAUGUUCAUGGCUCUGAGGGCUUCAACUCAGAACACAGCUGGGACGUGGAGGUGGGAGACCAUCCUGACUGGACUUUAGGUUUGGUUAAAGAGUCAGCUGACAGGAAGGGAGAGACAGGUGCUUCACCAGAUGAUGGAUUUUGGUGUUUAGUUCAUGACAGUGGAGUAUACAGUAAUGGUGAUGGUCAGACUGUGACAGUGCAGACGAGUCCACAGAGGAUCAGAGUUAAACUGGACUAUGACACGGGGAAGGUGUCCUUCUACAACGCUGAAGACAAGACUCACAUCUACACUCACACAGACACUUUCACUGAGAAACUCUACCCUUAUUUCUUGGUUGGAGAAGCUGCUGAUGCUGAAACCACUGAUAUUAAAAUCUGUCAGAGGAAGAUUUCACUGACAUAGAGUAUGACAUGACUUUAUAUUAAUGCACAUAGAAAUUAAAUGAGUUAAACAUCCUGUUUAAUGGAUGUGAUUUAAAAUGUUUGUUAAUGUGUGCAGUUUAUCUUCUUUAAACAAACGAGAGGGAUUCAGUUUGUAUUCUUUAUGUUAUAUGUAUGUGCUCAAAGAAACUGUUUCAAUAGUAAUCAAUUUAUUACAGCAUAAUAAAAAUAAAACAUAGUUUUUUGUAGCUGUAUUUCACCACGUACUAUUGAAGAACUUUUUAUUGUUAAAUCAUAUUGUAACUGUUAACGACUAAAAAACAUUAUGAUCACAGAGGGAAACAUCUACAUGUACAAGCUGAGUUUUUAUUACCUUUGUCAUAAUUGUGUUUUUGCUUUUUUUUAACAAUGCUUUUAUCGAGACCAGGUUGUUUGUCAUAGUAGUUUGUUUCAUCAAUAAUUGUUCCAGGAAGUAUUUUACUUUAAAUA